UGUGUAUUAUCCAUCAAGGAGUUUUAAUGGAAGCUUGCCUCGUCAAUAAUUCAAAAUUUUUUCACUUCAGGUUGGCUAUGCUGACACGUUCGACCGGUGCCUGCUGCUUCAAGAAGAAGGGGUUAGAACCGCCGCUUGCCAACUACCGGAUCUAAACUUUGCGGCUUGCGAGAGUGCCUUGAACUUGGAAGAUCGAUGGCAAGACAUCGUGAAAAAUAAUGAGAGCUUAACGAAAAAGCAGCAAGAGCAACAGGAAGGACUUUGGGAAUUGGUGUGCACCGAACUGAACUACAUCCGACAGAUCGGCUCGCUGGUCGAACUGCAGAACUGCCUGUCGAAGCUGCUCAUAGAACACUACUCGACCGAGCUCGAUAUCGAGGCGAUCUUCGGCAACAUCAACGACAUCUGUCGCGCGAACCUGCGGUUCUGGUUGCAGUGCAUUUGCCCGAUGUUGCAGUACUCGAGGCAAACCGAGGAACCUCUGCAACCGGCAAAAAUGGAAGAAGGAUUCCAGUACUUCAGUCAGUUCUUCACGCCGUAUAUUCCGUAUUGCUUGGCGCACGUCGACAUGCUGUGCUACAUCAGGCAGAAGUACAAGGAGAGCGAAGUAUUCAGGGAGUUCUUGCUGUGGGUCCAGUCCAAAAGAACCCUCGGUCGAUUGCACCUUACCGACUUACUGGCGAAACCAAUGCAACGGCUGACCAAGUACCCACUGUUAUUGAAAGCUGUUUUGCGUAAUACUACCGAUGGCGACGGUAGAGCUUCACUUUUGAAAAUGAUUGAACAAGCGGAAGAAUUUGCUACCAGGGUCAAUCUGGAACUUUGUUACAAGCAGCAGUACGACUCACUGCAGUCUAUAAUGCAAUGUUUAGAAAGUUAUGAUGUAAUCGAAGCAGCGAAUGACGAGCUGGAUAAGGUAUGAAG